AUGCAUAAUGUGCGACUUCGCGCCCAGUGGUAGUAUUCGUUGGAAUUUCGCGCGUGGAGAGUGCAAUGUUGGUGAUAGUCCCGGGAAGUGAUUAUUAGAACUGAACUUUACCCUUUCCGUAACAUCAUAAUGUGCAUUAAAUCUUUGAUCUGCCACGACCAAUAUCUCCCGUAAAUAACUGUCUUUGUGAGAGGAUUCAAUAACCAAAUGUAUAUCGUAAAUUCCCGUUCGGAACUCGCCUUGAGGAUAAACAAGUCGUUAGCAUCCUUUCUGUGUUCAUUUCACCCUCACCACAUUAAUUGACAAUAAUUAUUACGUCAAGUGUCGCCUGAUAUACAUACAUAUCUACCAACAUAAGCCGAAAACAAGAAUCUCGGUAAGAAGUGUGUCAAGGACUCGGCUUUCAUCCGAGCUACAGGACUUUUUAAUGGUGGAAAGCCUACAACCGUGAUAAUGUGCGCGAAAUAUUUCAAAGUUCCCACUUUACUUAUCGUCGGGAUAUUAGCGAUAAUUGCCCUGGUUGCUAUCACCGGUGUCACACUAUCGAUUCGCUUGAAUGAUUCAAAAAUGAUUCGUUUAAAUGAGCACGGGCCCAAUUCGAUGGAUAUCAAUCGCGAGGAUACCGACGAAACCAGUGAUUAUGAGACCAACUACCAUCCGCGCAAUAUUUAUUGGAAGCACUCGUCGCACACUGAAUUUCCACAAGUGGCAGAAUUUAAAAGUGUUCUUAAUGAAGAUCGAGUCGUGUCCAAUAGUUCAGAAAGUGAUGAAACCGGGGGAAUUGGCGUAGAUAGUUCCAGUGAACCAACAAUGACGACAGCAGAAUCAACGACUACAUCGAAGCGUGUAAUGAGCCUACCAUUGCAACCGCCAGACAGCCAAUCAGCCAGGGCGGGUGGAAAUGUAAUUAAAUUGAAAAUCGUAGAUGGAAAUUCAUCCGCCAUAGACUAUGACAAGAGAGACCAUGUCAAAGAGAUGAUGAUUCAUGCCUGGGAGAACUACAAACUCUAUGCCUGGGGUAAGAACGAACUAAGACCCAUAAGUCGACAGGCACAUUCCGGCAGUAUAUUCGGCGCAUACGAUUUAGGAGCUACAAUUGUUGACGGGCUGGAUACACUGUACAUCAUGGGCUUAACCAAAGAAUUCGAAGAAGGACGUGACUGGAUAGCACGACGCUUCAGUUUAGAUAAUGUUUCGGCUGAAUUAUCAGUUUUCGAAACAAAUAUUCGAUUCGUUGGAGGCCUUUUAACAUUAUAUGCAUUCACGGGUGAUCCAAUGUUCAAAGAGAAGGCACAACAUGUGGCUGAUAAGUUACUGCCAGCUUUCCAGACUCCAACGGGCAUUCCCUAUUCACUUGUUAAUGUUAAGACAGGGACAAGUAAAAACUACGGCUGGGCUAGCGGCGGUAGCAGUAUAUUGUCUGAAUUUGGCACUUUACAUUUGGAAUUCUCAUAUCUUAGCGAUAUUACCGGGAAUCCAUUAUAUAAGGAACGUGUUCAAAAUAUUCGACAAGUAUUGAAAGAAUUAGAUAAACCCAAAGGGUUGUAUCCUAAUUAUUUGAAUCCAAAGACUGGCAAAUGGGGGCAACAACACAUGUCGCUGGGAGCACUUGGCGAUAGUUUUUACGAAUAUUUACUCAAAGCAUGGAUACAAUCAGGGCAGACAGAUAUUGAAGCUCGCGAACUGUUUGAAGAUGCAAUGGUAGCAAUUAUAGAUAAGAUGAUUCGGACAAGUCCGGGUGGAUUAACAUAUGUUUCAGAUAUGAAGUUCGAUAGAUUAGAACACAAAAUGGACCACCUAGCUUGCUUCGCGGGCGGACUCUUUAGUCUUGGCGCGCAUACAAAACAAAAUGAAAAUAGCGAUAAAUUCAUGGAAAUCGGCAAAGGUAUAACGAACACAUGCCAUGAAAGUUAUAUUCGAGCGCGUACACAUUUGGGACCAGAAGCUUUCAGAUUUUCAGAUGCUCAAGCAAGUGAACCGGUUGAAGCGAGAGCAUUAAAAUCUCAAGAAAAAUAUUAUAUUCUUCGACCAGAGACAUUUGAGAGUUAUUUUGUGUUAUGGAGAUUAACACAUGAUCAAAAAUAUCGAGACUGGGGCUGGGAUGCUGUCCAGGCUUUGGAGAAAUACUGUCGGACAGAUCACGGUUAUUCGGGCAUUAGAAAUGUAUAUUUAGAUAAACCACAAAAGGAUGACGUACAACAAAGUUUCUUUUUAGCGGAAACUUUAAAGUAUUUGUACCUUCUCUUCUCUGACGACUCACUACUUCCCCUUGACGAGUGGGUAUUCAACACGGAAGCGCAUCCGCUACCAAUAAGAGGCGCUAACUUACAUUAUCGUAUGGCAGCUGUGCCUUCAUCGCUACCUUAAGGAAAUCUUCAAACUUAUUUCAUUUGUUGUGUUUGAUUUAACUAAUAUUUUUUAUAAAUGUUGUGUUAAUAGUUUUUUUUAUUCCAUUCCUCUUACUAACGAUUGAUUUCUUCCGUUCAUUGUGGAUAAUUUGUUGCAAUAACAAACACCAAAAUCAAUUUUAUCCAUUUCUAGCGAAUAAUGAGAAAAUGAAUGUACAUGAAAACUUGGAACUUACUUCUAACAAGACUUUAUUCCUUGCGUGUAAGAAACCUGAAAGGGAAGAAUCUAUUUAAAGUGAAACGAAAUAAUUUUAUACUAUUGUAGUUGCAUGAUGUAGGGAAAUCCAAUGAGUUAAGGGAUAUUAGAGAUGUAACGAGAACGUAAUAAUAUUUUAUAUAAGCGUUAAAUAUUGAAAGUUAUGGAAUUUAUCUUAAUCUUAAUAAUAAAUUAAAGUGUGAACGAACGAGGUCCUGUGUGAGUGGCGAGAUAAUUCCUUUCCGUCUGAGAGAUAUUCUCACUUUUCGAUUACGUUAACGUAGUGAAUCGUUUUUCCUUAUUUUACCGCUAAUUUAUGUCAAUUUCUCUAGUUUUGGUGUUCGAAUUGUAUCAUAUUAAUGAAAAUUUAUAUAAAUACUACCAUCUGUAUAGAAACCGAUUGUAAAUAAAUCACCUUACACUCAUACAAGAGAUUUAACUUUAAAACGAAUGGAAUAAAAUUAUUAAACAUAGUGAAAACCGGUAGCGAAAUAUUUCAAUUAUUGAUUAUAGUACAAUUACAAAUGAUAUUUAUUGAAACGGGGAAAAAUUGAAAUUGUCAAAAGAGGAUACACGUUUUAUUUGUACUUAGAGAAUAGUGUUCAUGUUAUUCUGAAUUUUAUUCGCAAGUGAUUUGUAGUGUAAAUUAAUUCAUAUUUGAAACUUCGACGAGAACGUUGAGAAGUGAAUAUGAAUUGCUCGAGCAGCUCUAACUCUUUAAAUGAUGAUUCAUGAUUUCGAAACAAGUUUUCUUUAAUAUAUUUUUAUUA